CAGAGAAGCUGCUUUUCGUUUUAAUCGUUUAAUUUUCACGAACUGCAAAGAUUUACUGCGAUGGAAACCUAAAGACUUCAUCUUAUACCGCUGAGGAUGUUCUCCUGCUGUUUUAGAUCAUAUACAGCUCAUCUCCUUGCAAAUCUCAGUGAGACGGUCUUCAGUUCAGGAAAGUCUUCAUUCUGCUGUAUAAAAUGAUUCCAGGAGGAAAUUCUUUGACAGCUGCAGUGUUGCUGAUAAUCAUGAUGAAAGUCUUCAGUGUCCUCACUCACUCAUGUCCUUCAGAAAUGUAUAAAGUACAAGGCCUGUGCUGUUCAAAGUGUCCUGCAGGAAAUCGAGUCAAGACAGAUUGCACAAGGACUGCAAACACUUCCUGUGUGCCCUGCGAGGAUGGAACCCACAUUGAUAAGCCCAGCGGACUCAAACAAUGCACUCACUGCACAAUCUGUGACCCAAGUUCAGAUGUGAAGAAAAAGAGGGCAUGCACAACAACAUCAGAUACAAUUUGUGAACCACGGGAUGGAUUCUACUGUGCAGGUGUUCACUGUAUGGAAGCACAAAAACACAAACGCUGUAACCCAGGAGAAUACAUCAGCCAAGCAGGAACAGCCUUCAGAGACACUGAGUGCUCUGUGUGCAGCUUUGGGACAUUUUCAGAUGGAACUUUAAAGUUUUGCCGGCCACACAGACCAUGUGAGUCACUAAACCUUAAGCUGAUAAGACCAGGAAAUGCUACAACUGAUGCUCAGUGUGAAGAACAAGAUGAGAAUGUGGUUCUUUCUUGGAUCAUCACUGGCUGCCUGUUAUUGAUUUUAUUAAUCGUGAUACUUAUAGCUUUGUGUCUCUGUAGAAAGAAGAUUGGAUGUCUAAAAGACGAAAAAAUAAUUGUACACCUAAUCAACUUGAGGAAGGUAUGUUUGAAUAUCACAGGAGUGUGGACUGUAACGGAUGGCAACACCUGA